AGCGGGCGUUUAACGAAGCGGCUUCUCUUCUCGUCAACAGGCCAAAUUGGUUGACACGGGUCAACAUGGGUUUACACGGGUCAACAUGAGGGGAAAAAAGUGAUAAAUUCGCUCCGGUUUAACUAUAAAACGUUCCUGUUUAUCUGACAGGAACGGUUUAUUCUUCGUUGCUGUGGUAACCGAAGGGUGAGCCUGGCGCAUGCGCAGAGCCGCGUCUCUGGCACGGCAGCGGCGGCGUGACGUCACGGAGGAUGUCGGCCAAAAUGCGCAUGCGCCGAGAUUGAAGGGCGCAAAGGCGGGGCUCGUGACGUCAGCGGAAGCAUGGAAAGCGGUUUUUCAUUGUAAGCUGGAAGGACGAAGAAGGAUGAGCCAAGCACAAAGCUGAAGACACCUUCCUUGGGACAAACCAUGUUGAGGAACGUCAGCCGACUAAGGAAAGCACUUAUCCAAUGGACGAUCCCAAGACAUGAUUUGUGUCCAUCACCUGCUGAUAGGGUCUUCCAAAGCGUCUCCAUCCCACCUGUGCAAAAGGCUGUGGUCCGUCUCUGUCAUUCUGAAAAGCGGAAGGACUAUUCUCUCCCGAACUCAAGCUGGAGCCAAGAAAUGAUGGAGCACUUCAAUAAGCUCACCGAGAUGACGAAAGAUGGGACGUGGCAGCGGCUGUCUUCGUACCGAAAUACUUUGGAACACACUCCAGAGGGGCUGAUAAAGCAGUACAACUUGAAGAAAGACGAAGGCACCCGCCUCUUCCUCAGGAACAUUGAUGAGGAAGGCAAGGGCUUUGAAUACGCCAUGUUCCUGAACAAGCAGGAGAAAAAACUAGCCGGUGUCUUCCAGUUUGGUCCUUAUCUCGAGGGACCUCCAGGUUUCGCGCACGGUGGUUCCAUCGCCACGGUUCUGGACACCACCCUCGGGAUUUUGGCGAUGUCCAUCGCUUUCCGGGUAAUGACUGCGAACCUCAGCAUUAACUAUAAAAGUCCCAUCCCCCUGGGCUCGGCGGUGAUGGGAACCAGCAAAGUGGACCGAAUUGAAGGGAGGAAGGUGUUUGUCAGUGGAGUGUUGCAGAGUGCCGACAGGAAGAUCCUUCACGCAGAGGCCACAGGUCUGUUUAUCCAACUGCCGAAGGCUCCCGGGGAUGAUGGGCCUUCUCCUCUUUGAGUGGAUUUCCCUGUCCGAAUCUCUCCUGCAUUCUCAUUCUUGGUCCGGCAAGAAGUGAUGCACUUAACAUAGACACACAAUACUUUUGAAUCCUUGCCCUCCUCCGUUCCAUUUUUGAUCUGGUGCUGUUUUGCUAUCUAUAGUAACUAUCUUGUUAGAUUCACCCUGGGUGCCUUGGUAUUGUAUUUCCAGGCCUUUUCCAAACAAAGAUAACCUUUUAGGGUCAUAAAAUAGAUACCGGUGUCUAAAAUCCCCUCUUCAUCCCUUGCUUCUCCAUCAUUAAUUCUUCCUAUUAACUUUUGGUCCAAGUAAUGUGUGAAAUAUCUAUAUGAAUGGCAUACAAAAGGAAAUCGGACAAUUUCUUGGGAUCUUCUAGGAAACACAGAUCUGUUAAUGCAUAUCUAUUUCCAUUUCCUUCACUUGUAAACACCACUGUUUAAUCCACAUGCUUCCAUGAACCGUUUGGACCAAAAUAGUAUUAUUAAAUCAGCUUUAAUAACAGAUAGGUUUAAAAAAUGGAGGUGACUUCUCGUCCUCAGAGUAUGGGCAUGAAAGGCGAGAACUAUCAGUGGAUAAAAAACCCUUUAUUUAUUUUUAAAAGAGUAUUUAAGAUCGAUAAUAAGCGACGACGGGAGGGAUUUUCUUCCCUGAAAGCACUUUUAUUUUAUUAGCACAGUCUCGUCUAUAUGAUGGUUUGACUACUGAAUGUAUAACAAAAGAUUUCCUUCGAGCGUCUGAAUUGGAUAUUAUAUUUUUCGGAUAGAAUGGCAUUGCUGUAGGUUUUCGGACCUCUAUAAUAGAGAUUAUAUUUUUGGGUGUAACAA